AUUUCCCGUCCAAUUGACCAGCGAUAGUGCUCAAGCCUGAAAGGCACUGCUGUCCAAAAUGAGCAGGGCACUUUUCCGCUCCAUGCUGGAGCUUCGAGCUCCCAGCGCCCGACUUUUGGCCCCCUCAUCUCUACUGCCGAUUCGAACUCGCGCGUUCAACACCACAGCGCCCAUCAUCGAGCAAUCGUUCCCUGAGCGUCACCCAAAGAAUGCCACCAACCCCACGGCCAAUCAGCCUCGACCUCUCGCUCUCAAAGUCAGCCAUCCUACUCCUCCUCCAAAGCCCAUGGAGGACUCUGUCAAGACCCUUCUACCAUUUCUGGCCGCUCAACCGGAUCAUUAUAUCACCGUUCAUGUCCAUGGAUUCCCUUACCUUGUCCGGGAGGGUGAUCAGGUCCGCCUGCCUUUCCGCAUGCCCGGUGUUCAGCCCGGCGAUAUCCUACGGCUCAACCGUGCCAGCGUCCUCGGUAGCAGAGAUUAUACCAUGAAGGGCGCUCCUCAUAUCGAUGAGCGAGUUUUUGAGUGCAGGGCUACAGUUAUUGGAACAGAAUCUGAGCCUCUACGUAUCAAGAUCAAGAAGAAGAGACGGCAGCGAAGAAUGAGACAGGCCAAGAGCAAGCACCGAUACACAAUUCUACGGAUCUCGGAGCUAAACAUCAACAACGGAGAGGAUAUCGAAUGAGGAUGAGAAUGAGAAAUGAAAGUUUCAACUGGAAGACGUUGGUGUACAUGUAAAAACAAAAAAGGAAACGCCAUGAAACGAUGUACCAUUACCAGCUCAGAGCUGGCUGUACAAUAAUACAGCAAUUUUGUAAAGAC